AUGGUCAUGACCUGUCAUCACGGCUCUUCUCCAGCCCGCCUUGUCCUAUUGGUCCUGCUCACUGUUGUUCCGCAGCUGGCUGGCGCCGCCCCUGUGAGGGGCGAGGGGCUGGAGGGAGGGGUGGAGGACAGCCAAGAACAAACUCUAUCGCCCCCCAUCUCCCUCAUCAAUACAUCCCAGGACCAGGGUGGGCACCCAGGCUCAGAUAAAGUGACUGAUGAGGUGUUUGCUGCGCUACUGGAGGCCCUGGACCACCCCAGUGAUGGGGACAGCAUUGGGGAGAGAAACUGGAGGGAGACAGGGAGGCAGGAGCUGCCCUCGUCAGACGCCUCUGAGGCUGGUGAGAUAAGGAGACCAGAGGCUUCACCACAAGACCCCAGGGCUGAGCAGCCAGAGGGGGAGGGGGGAGGAGCCGAUAAGACUGAACAGCUAAUUGUAGGGCCUUUGAAAGCUGCUCAGGACUUUAAGGUGAAGAAAAAAGAGGAGGACCAGGGCUGGUCAAAACAAGAUGUGGGUGAUAGUGUGAGCCAGGGACAGGAGGAAAAUCAAGUUGAAAGUUUUAAUUCUCAAGGAGACAAUGAUCCCUUACUGCAGCGUAAAAUAAGAGGCUACUUCCAAAACAUUGACUUGGGUCUUCAAGACAAUGAGAUCCUGCCUCCACUCAAGGGCUAUAAAGCAUACAACACACAGUUAGCACGAGCAGGGAAGAAGCUCCAUUGGGAGGACAACCGUGAUAGCAACCGCCCCACAAAAGGUGGCAACUUCAUGGAUGACUUUGAGGACGAAGGGGAGGAGUUGGAAGAGGUAGAGGAGGAGGAGGAGAGUCUCUCACGGAUGGAAGAGGAGGCUCGAGCGAAGGCCGAAAAGCAGGAGGUGCUGCGCCAGCAAGAGGAGGCAGAGCGUGCCCGUGAGGAGGAGCAGAGACUCGCCGACAUAGCCUCAGACAUGCUGCUGCAGUACAUGGGCCGCAAGCAGCAGUCAUACAUGAAACCUCGACAGAAAAGCAGCAUGGGAAAUGCGGCUGAAGACAAACGCUCUGAGGAGAUUGCUCAAGACGAGGAUGAUAUGGACCAGCAGAUGAUUGAUCGGCUCAUUGAGAUCAGCAGUAAACUUCAUCUUCCUGCGGAUGAUGUUAUAGAGAUUAUCAGUGAUGUUGAAGAGAAAAAGAAAAAGCGAAAAGAGUUACAGCAGCAGCCAAUCAAAACCAAUCCCAUCACUCCUCGUUUCCGCCCCCUUGUACCUCCUCCGCUGGCUGCGCCUCCCCUCUAUCACUACACGGCCUCAAAAAACCCCAAAAAACAAAAAUACAACAAGUCCAACAAGUCCAACAAGAAGUGGCAGAAAGACAAAGUCAAGUCAUACAAACAGGACUAUUGGUACAAGCCACAGAAGCAGAUCGACUACUGGUACAAGCCGCAAAAACAGUUUUUAGCUUUUCCCUCUUAUCCAUACUAUCAGAAGCCCUAUCGCGCAUAUUAUCCAGUUUAUUUUCCAUACCCCAAAUCACAGUAUUAUGGUAAGCCACCCCUCCCAAGAGACCAACUCUUUGGUCCCCAGGAGCUGGACCUUCAGCCUCCCAGGAGAAAAAACUGGGCUGGGGGUAAAAACAGGGGACCAGGCUGGAGACAGCAGCCUGCUCCUCGCCUUCCUAUUACACCUUACAUCUCCAACUAUAUCCUCCCUCACCCACGGACAUACCAAACUCUGCCUGCCCCCAAACCCAUCAACCAGCCCCGGAGAGGAAGGCGGCCGCCGUACUACCAACCAGUCACUACGGGAGAUGACUAUGAGGAAGACGGGUUAGUUCCCCAACUGGACAGUGAGGAGGAGCUGGAGAACUUUAUUGAGAGAAUCUACAUGAAACGCAGAAUGUAUUGA